CUUAUAGACACUUAUCCCACCUCUCUCCCUCUUUUUCUCUGAUCUCUGCAACAUUCUCAGAGAUAGAAAUGGCCCUGGCAAUAGCGUUCCUUAUACUCAUGGUGGCAGCUCCGGCUGCAGUUUAUGGAGCUGAGCACACUGUUGGUGAUACCCAGGGAUGGAACCAAGGUGUAAAUUAUGACACUUGGGCUUCCGGCAAAACCUUCACCGUCGGUGACACUCUUGUGUUCAACUAUGACAGUAGCCACAAAGUUGAUGAGGUAAACCUAGCAGACUACAACGGUUGCAGUUCAAGUAAUUCCAUUAAAACCUAUGAGGAUAGUCCCACAAAAAUCACCCUCUCCAAAGCUGGUCCAAGCUACUACAUAUGCCCUAUCCCAGGUCACUGUGCUAAUGGCAUGAAGCUUUUGGUCAAUGUUGUGGCGGCUGGCACCCCAAGUGGCACCCCGCCUACUACUACCCCCGCCACGCCAGCUCCACCCACCACCACAACUCCUGCCAAUAAUGACUCGCCACCUCCGCCACCGCCACCGCCUAAGAUAUCACCAGCGAGUAGUCUUCACAUGAAUUUGGUUGGGGUUCCACUUGUGUUGGCAACCUUGAUGGCAGUUAUGGGCUAGGGAGGAGGCAGUGCUAUUCAUUAUGUUUUUGCUGUUGGAUUCUUAAUAAUUUGACCAUGUGCUUUGUGUAUUUUGUUGACUUUGUGUGAUCAUAGAUGAAGGAGGUAGAGUUUACGUUUAUAUAAUGGUUAUUGUUAAUGAGAAGUUCCAAUUUUAUUAAAUUUUUUAA